GCGAGGUCAACUUAUCUAUUAAUGUGCGGUGAUAAUUUCUUUGUGUUUUGCGCGCCUUUGUUGCGUUGAACCCCUUGUUGAGAAUGUCGUUUCUCGUGAUCCUGAUCCUGAACAUACUAACAAUUAAAACUUUACGUGAUCCUGAACAACCCAAAAAUUAAAACUUUACGUUAUCCUGAACGACCCAACAAUUAAAAUGUGUGUGUCCAAGAAUUUGUGCUGAACUGAUCGACCAAAUGCACCAGGUCAAAUUAUUUUGGGGCCAAGAAAAAAUGGCGGGAAGCUCGUGGCACGUGCCCCUAAACAAAGUGCUAUCUGGUUUGGGUGAUGGGAUCAAACGUGUCCAAAUGGAACUUACAGUGCGAGAUCAUUGGAAUUAUGGAUGACAUUGGAUGGUUGGGUGAUGAGACCUCAUCAUGGUUCGUUGGCAUACCAACUAGCCCUUGAUGUCUCACCUUGGUUUUGGCAAAUCAUCAACCUCACUGAUGCCAGUCCUAGAUCAACCAGCUGUGUGCCAGCCAGCUCACACACCCAACAAUCACAAUGGAUGUGGUUCCGCUAAUCAUCCAAAAAGGUGUGGUGUCAGCGAGACGAGAGCAGUUGGAAAACCAACCCUGCCCUGGAACAUUUCCGCUGGAACUACUCGUCCUAUUGGCCGCAACAGGACAUCUACCAUCGGUAACGGAGGGACAGCCACGUACUAAAUAGUCGCCCCAUUUGGCCGUCACGUGAUGCAGCGCUUUCCCAGCUGGAUCGUGUGAUUCGUAAUCUCGGAAAACUUGCAGCAGAUUACGACGGACAAAAGGUCAUAAAACGAAAGCGACCAAGGACCAAGGCAAUAGUGCUACGCUCGAUACGCCAAAGAUUUAAAAAAAAAAAGGUGAUGAGGUGGUAGCGUGAAGUAAAGCACGACGAGAACGGGAAAGGAAGACCCAGAGAGAGACGGACACCAAUCAUCGAAUUGGUGCGAAAGAAAAGGGAUUUGUUUGUCUUCUUCUUUCUUCUUCUUCUUCCCCGAUUCAAAACAGAAGAAAUGGAUGUGUCGAUAGCGGUGCCUAGUCCGCGGGUCCACUCGGACGCGACGACGGCCUCUGCCACCCCCUCUGCGGCCCUCAGUUUACCUUCGCCGACGGCGGCCAUGACGUCUGUAGCGCCGCAACAGACGACGACGCCGCCGCCGCCUAAUUCGAUGGACACGGGGCAGACGACCCUAGUCCACGCCCGGCUCGACGCUCGCGACGUCAUGGCCGGCUCUUGUGAUUCUGGUCAGGAAGACGAGGAGUUGGAAGACGGUAGUCAUCACCACAGUAGUAACUCGUCGACGCCCAAUCUGACGUCGAAAACAUCGGCCAACGCCAAUGGGUCGGCCCCCGCGGCCGACGACGAUGACGACGAUGAUGAUGACGAGGACGAGGACGACGAUGAUGUUGAACGCUUCGACGGCAAAAUCGUUUACAACCCGGACGGAUCUGCCUACAUCAUCGAGGAGAACAGCCAGGGAGGCGGGAGCGAUUUGGAGGAUAUCCCCGUCAGGUUACCCAAGCUGGAAGGCGCCAUCGUGGACGGGCGUCGUGGGGCGCAGAACUUGCACGACGUGGCCGCUUCGCUGCCGCAAAUUGCCAGCGCCCUCUACGUUUCCCGGCCGCAGGCUAAACAGCAUCCCUACUACGGAGGCAGCAGCGCGUGCUCCGGCAACGACGGUGGCACACAUUCGGCCGGCGCGAGAGCCAACGCGGCCGAGCCGGUCAUGCACAGCUUCCGCGUCUACUCUGCGCGGCGCAAUUGCGAUUCGAACAGCAAGGCGCCAGUACCUGCCGCUUUUUCGCUCGCCGCUUGCAGCAGCCACUCGUCGGUGCCCAUCAAACCGAUCCUCAUGUGUUUCGUGUGCAAACUGUCGUUCGGCCUGGCCAAGACGUUGGUGUCGCACGCGACGGCCGAGCACGGCGUCCGGCUGGACGACGAGGAGAAGCGCAUCUUGGGCCAGGCCAACACGUCGGCCAUCCUCCAGCUGGUCGGCAAGAGCAAAGAGCCGGUCGUUUCGUUUCUCGAGCCGGUCACGUCACCCGUCAGCCAGCUAACAGCCGGGCAACAAGAGCCCGGCAACAGUCACAAUAAUCACUCGUCGUCCGCCGACGGCAUGGACGUUGACGACAUCAUCAAAGCGGAGCCGGCCAACAACGACGAGUCGUUUGAGACGAAAGAGACGUCGUCCGUCUCGUUCAAUCGGCCCCGUUCGAGCAGUCCCGUCGGUAACCAUGGCAACAACAACAACAACGGCCCAACGAGCGUCUCGUCGCCGUCUGCCGCCAGUUCGGCGACGCCGUCUCCGCUUUCGCCGCAGCUCCAGCUGACGCCGGCCAACGUCAGCAUGGCGUCGAUCGCGGCGGCCGCCGCCAGUUUCGGCAACCCGUUUUUCAGUCAACAGCUGCAGCAGCAACAAAUGUACCAACAACAACAGCAGCAGCAGCAACAACAACCCGACGUCGUCCAGGGACUGUUGAGUCCAGGCUUGAGCAGUUCGGCCGCUGCGGCCAUGGCGCUGGCCACGCGCAACUCGUGCAAGACGCUGAAAUGCCCCAAAUGCAACUGGCACUACAAGUACCAGGAGACGCUCGAGAUCCACAUGAAGGAGAAGCACCCGGAAAGCGAGACGUCGUGUCUGUAUUGCCUGACGGGCCAGCCGCACCCGCGGCUGGCGCGCGGCGAGACGUACACGUGCGGAUACAAGCCGUACCGCUGCGAGGUGUGCAACUACUCUACGACGACCAAAGGCAAUUUGAGCAUCCACAUGCAGUCGGACAAGCAUCUGAACAACGCGCAGGAGCUGCAGCACAACGGGCAACAGACGAACGCCGCAAGCGCUGGCGGAGGAGUCGGAGUCGGGGUAGGAGGCGGAAGCGCGAGCGCUCACAACACGAGCGCCGAGUCGCUGACGUCGCCGUCGAAGACGAGCUCCGGCUCGUCGCUGUUGCACCACCAUCAGCAGCAGAGCCCGUCCCUGCAGUCUGCUGUCAACAAUGCGGCGGCCGUCAACAGUUUGACGGGCAGCCCGGCUAACCUGACCUCUUCUUGUUCGGUGCCGUCGAGCCAGUUGGCCAAACUGGCGGCGCCGGCCAGUAAGCCGACGUUCCGCUGCGACGUGUGCAACUACGAGACGAACGUGGGCCGCAACUUGCGCAUUCACAUGACGAGCGAGAAGCACACGCACAACAUGAUCAUGCUGCAGCAGAACGUCAAGCGCAUGCAACAGCUGUCGGCCCUGCAGCAGCACGACCCGUCUUCGGUCGCCAUGCAGUCGUCGGCCGGCGGAGCCGAGGCCGCGCUGGCCGACAUGGCCUACCAGCAGGCGCUCUUCAUCCAGAUGAUGACGGGAGGGCAACUGCCUGGACAAGGCGGGCAAAUGGUGGAUUCGCAGUCGCCGUGGGCGGCGGCCGCCGCCGGUGCCGGACAGUCGAUGGCCGGCGUGGGCCCGCUGCUCGAUCCGGGCCUCAACCCCGAAACGAUGGAGCCCUUGCCGGAGCCGAUGGAGGCCAACCCGUCGCACGUGUUCCAGUGUCUGGUGUGCAGCGUGUUUAGCGGCGACGUGGCCGAAGUGAUUGGCCAGCACGUGGCGGCCGAUCGAUCGCGCCAGCGCGAGCACGAGGCCCUCCUCCUCAUUGGCGGCCAUUACCUGUGCCGCUUGUGCGCCUACAAGACGACGCUCAAGGCCAAUUUCCAGUUGCACUGCAAGACGGACAAGCACUUGCAGCGGCUGCAGCACGCCACGCACAUCCAGGAGGGCGGCGCCCGCAACGACUGGAAGUUGCAGUACGUGACGAGCACGACCAACCCGGUCCAGCUGCGCUGCAACGUGUGCGAGUACUACACCAACAGCGUCCACAAGCUGCAGGUGCACGCGGCCAGUCCUCGCCAUCAGCUGGCCGUCGAGCUCUUCCGCUUUGCUUCCGACGAGGCGGCAGCCUUGGCCAGGUCGAGCGCCGGUGCCGUUCAGUUCCAGUGUCGGCUGUGCCAAUUCGACUGCCCCAACAAGACGGCCCUCCUCCAACACGCGCGCUCCCUGCGCCACUGUCAACUCGAACAGCUGGCCGAACUUCAACGACGCAGCGCUGCCGGCCCCAAAGAGGCGAUGCUCGCGCCGCUCGAACUGCGCGACCUUUUCGCCGCCGUCCCAACGGCCGCCGAUUCGGAUGACGAAGGAGCGCCAUCAGUCAGCCAAGUCCAGUCAGCCAAUGGAACAGAAGCCGAUCGAGCUCACCUCCUGGCCGAGCACGACAUGGCCGCCGCCGCUGCUGCGUCAACAACGAAAGCUCUGCAACAGCAGCAGCAACAACAACAACAACAACAAGGCGAACAAGUGACCAACAAUAACGAAGCCAAAUCGUCGAGUGAACAAGGCAACCAGGGCGUGAGUUGCCCGCUCUGCCAGAACCGUUUCGCCGACCGGGCUCAGGUGGAGCAGCACGCCGCCACGGUGCACAAUGUCAACGCCGAAGGAUUGGAGCGGCUCAUGCUGCUCGUCGAACAGGCCAACUGGCUCAACGCAGCCAUGCAACAACAACAGCAGCAGCAGCAGCAACAACGACAGCCACCGCCACCAACUCCAGGUAACAACAACGCACUCUGCCGACCUGAGGAAGAUUCGAGGCACGAAUCGCCGACCUCUGGCGAGGACGAAAGCGAAUCGCCCGCGCCCGUCGCACCUCACGUCCACCAGCAACAGCAGCGCGGCCAGCAACAGGCGGCCGUCGUGCCCCCCGCCGCCACCGUCUCGGAGCGGCACGCCUACAAGUACCGCUGCCCGCAGUGCUCGCUGGCCUUCAAAACGCUGGACAAGUUGCAAUUGCACUCGCAAUAUCACGUCAUCCGGGACGCGACAAAGUGCCCGCUCUGCGGCCGCUCUUUCCGCUCCAUCCUGUCGCUGCAGAAGCACUUGGAGAGCUCGCACGCCGAGCUGACGGACGAAGAAGCCAACGUGCUGCGGCAGAGCCUCUUGUCGCAUCCGCUGCUGCUCAGCGGCUUGGCCGGCCAGGCCAGCGAAGCGGCCAUUAGCGAGUAUUUGCGCCGCGAACAGGCGGCCGCCGCCGAACUGUCUGGAGCCGAAGACGACAUGGAUCAGGAGGAUUCCGGAUUGCUUCACAGCUCCGGCCUGUUGGCCAACACCAUGGACGAAGGCCAAGAGGAGAGCGAAGAGAUGGAUCACGACCAAAUGGGUAGCGAUUCCGGCCUGCUUCAUCACAACAGCCAGAAGAUGGGCGGGGCUGGCGGAAAUGCGGCCGGAGGAAGAGGAGCAGGUGAUAAUGGUGGCGGUGGCGGCUUUGGUCACGGUGAGCCCGUCCACCAGGGAACUCCGCUGGAAGAAUACCUCAACAGCGCCUCUGUGGCGGAGGAGACGUACGCGGAUCCGGUGCGCCGGCACAAGUGCCACCGCUGCAAGAUGGCGUUCACGUCGCAGAGCUAUCUGACUAGUCACAACAAGACGAUGCAGCACCGCAAGGGCGAGAAGCUGCACUACCCGAUGGAGAAAUACCUGGACCCGAACCGGCCCUUCAAGUGCGACGUCUGCAAGGAGUCGUUCACGCAGAAAAACAUUUUGCUCGUUCACUACAAUUCCGUCAGCCAUUUGCACAAGCUCAAACGGGCCGCGUCGAUCACCGGAGCGGCCGAACCGGCCGCAGCCUCGCCAGUCACGCCCACCCUGCCGCCGUUGAUCGCCAGACCCGAACGCCCCGUCACGGCCAGUUCCAACUGCUCGACGGGAGCCGCCGCCGCAAACGCCAGCGAGUCGUCGCCGGCCGGCGGCGUCAACAGCAACAGCAAACCGUGGAAGUGCAACAUAUGCAAAGUGGCCUACAGUCAAGGCUCCACGCUCGACAUUCACUUGCGCUCCGUUCUCCAUCAGACGCGAGCGUCCAAACUCCAAGAGUUGGCCGCCGCCGGACAGAUUGACUUGACUCGACCGUUGAUCGAACAACCGGCACCUGGCGCGGCCGCCAUUCAGAGCUCGCCCGAAUCGCCCGCACUGCCCGGUCGCAAGACGAGCCCCAUCGCCAUUGAAAACGGGCUGGACCAGCAGCAGCAGCACCAGCAGCAGCAACAACAAUUGGCCAUGGCCCUCGGACAACUUUACGGCCUGUCGGCCGAGCAAAUAUUCCAGCAGCAACAGCAGCAGCAGCUGGUCCAGCAGUACUACUCUGCCGUGGGCUUCAACAAUGCCGACAGCAAUUGGCAGAACAGCGUCAAGACGGCCGAACGGGCCGACGAUUCGCCCAUUGCGCUACCCGAUGACAACGCCAACAACAACAACAAAUUGAACCUGCCCGCCCGGCGGUCGUCGCGCAUGCUCAAACACCUGCUGGGCAGUUACGGCUUUGAGCUGGUGAUGCAAUUCAACGAGUGCCACCAGAAGCAGCGCGGCGCCGGCCAACCGAAACAGCAGCAACAACAACUGCAACGGGGCGACGAGCAGCAGCAGCAGCAACAACAACAACAACAAUCUGGCGUCAAUAACAAUCUCAACAGUUCGACGGCCAGCAGCAACGAUCCGGCCGAGGAAGAGAACAAGGAGAACGCCAUGGAGACGCAAGACUCUCAAUCGGGGACGGACAAGGCGCCCGAAAUCCAGCGCUGCGUCUGCCCGCUUUGCCACAAGAGCUUCUCGAGCAUUUGGGUCCUGAAGGCGCACAGCGAGGAGGUCCAUCGCCAGAUGGUUCCGCCCCACUGCGUCGAACAGUGCGCCGACGAGAUUAAGAGGACGGCCAAUUUGAAUAACACGUCGACGUCGACUCCGGCCGGCGUGGGGCCUCAUUUGUCGCCCGUCGAACGACUCCCACCGCCGGGCAAUAUCGAUCGACCCGAGCGUGAACCGACGGCCGAUUUGCCCGUCGAGUCGUCGUCGGCGGCGGCGGCGGCCGCCUCUGUGAAGGCGACGUCAGCCACUCCGCGUCCCGAGAACACGCCCACUCCGCGGACGGCUUCGUCUACUCCGAUUUCGACCAGUGCCGUUGAGUCGGCGGCCCAGGCUCAGGCCCAGCAGGCCGCCCAGAUGCAGCAGUCGCAAUUGGCGCAGCAGAUGAGCGACAUGCAGGGCGUUCUGAACGCCAUGGGAUUGGCGUCGCAGCUUCAACAGCAAUUCAACCCGAUGAUGAUGGGCUUGGCCGGUUUAGGCCUUCACGGUGCCGCCGGGCUGGGUUUCAACAUGCCGGCCGCCGCUUUGGCCGCUAUGAACAUGCAACCACCGUUGAUGAAUCCGUUCAUGAUGGCCGCUGGCCAUUUCGAUCCCAUUCAGGCGGCCAUGGCUGCGCAGGCUGCCCAGAACAACCCGUAUCUGCAAUCGGCCAUGGAUCAGCAAGCCGGACAAUACGUCAAACAGCAACAGCAAAUGCUCCAGCAACAACAGCAGCAGCAGCAGCAACAACAACAGCAGCAACAACAACAACAACAGUCGGCUGCUGGUGGCUCUUCGUCGGCCAACGUUUCGCAGGUAGGAAGUGCGGCCAGCAAUCAGCAACAGCAGCAGCAACAACAACAAAGGGGCCAGCAGCAAAAGAGGGCCCGAACGAGGAUCAGCGACGACCAGCUCAAGAUCCUGCGCGCCCACUUCGACAUCAACAAUUCGCCGUCGGAGGAGACGAUCGCCGAAAUGGCGCGCCAGUCGGGCCUGCCUCCCAAAGUCAUCAAACAUUGGUUCCGCAACACGCUGUUCAAAGAGCGCCAGCGCAACAAAGACUCGCCCUACAACUUCAGCAACCCGCCCAGCACGACGCUCAAUUUGGAGGAGUACGAGAAGACGGGCGAGACGAAAGUGACGCAACUGAAGGCCGAAGAGCAAAUGGAGAUCCAGCGGGCGUUGAUCAGCACGCGGCCAGUGCCGUCGAUCAACAGCAAAGCGGCCAAGACGGCGGCCGCGGCCGCCGCGUCCGCAGCCGCAGCCGCCGUGGCGGCAACGAUGGCCUCAGCCGCUGCACCUGCUGCCGCUAUCGCUGCCCCUGCUGCCGAGCUGGUUCAAGUGAAGAAAGAAGCCGUAUACGAAGCGCAGGAAACUAGCGCCGAAGACGUGGCCAGCCGUUCGACUCCGCAGCUCUUGCCGACGACGCCCGGCCAUCCGUUCCACAUGCGCAGCAACUCGCCCAUGACGAACCUCUCGCUCGCCUCGCUCAUCAGCUCCCAGUUGAACGUGGACACGAAGAACUGUCACCUGGCGGCCGGUGGGGGCAUGUUCCCUCCUCGGCCGACGACGAGCGGAUCGGCUCUACCUAGUCCCGCUGCCGCCGGAUUGGCCGGUUUGAGCCCGGGCCGCAUGAGCACCGACCAGAGCCCGUUCAAUUUCUUCGCCACGUCGACUCCGCUACCCAUGGCCCCUCUCACCCCACCGGGUGGGGGAGGAGGAGGAGGUGGAGGAGGCAACUCGAGCAGCGGCGGAGGCGGCCCUGGAUCGUCGACCGGCAAACGCGCCAACCGGACGCGCUUCACCGACUAUCAGAUUAAGGUGCUGCAAGAGUUCUUUGAGAACAACGCCUACCCGAAAGACGACGAUCUCGAAUACCUGUCGAAGCUGCUCUCCCUCUCGCCCAGGGUGAUUGUGGUGUGGUUCCAGAACGCGCGCCAGAAGGCCCGCAAAGUCUACGAGAAUCAACCGGCCGUGGCUGGCGGGGCCGGCGAUCCGGCUUCCACAUCCGGCUCGGCCACGCCGGGCUCCGGAACGUCGGGCGGCGGAGGAGCGGCAGCUGGAACGGAUGCCGACGGUUCGGGUCGCUUCCAGCGCACCCCGGGACUCAACUAUCAGUGCAAAAAGUGUCUGCUCGUGUUCCAGCGCUACUACGAACUCAUUCGCCACCAGAAGACUCACUGCUUUAAAGAGGAGGACGCCAAGCGAUCGGCAGUCGCCCAGGCAGCGGCCGCCCAGGCGGCUGCCUGUUUCUCGUCGUCGGACAACGACAACAGCAACUCCAGCUCGCUGGCGGACGCGUCCGUCAUGAGCGGAACGGCCUCGUCUUGCGGCAACGCUCCGCUCUUGACUAGUUUGCCUAAAUCAUCUGCCACGACGGUCAUCAAGACGGAAGCCAACGUCAGUGCACCUCCUCCACCACCACCACCCAAGCAGACGGAGCAGUUCCAAACUCAACCAUCGACGCAGCAACAACAGCAACAACAACAACAACAGUCGCAGAACGAUUCUGCCUUCCAUUGCGAGCAAUGCGGACUGACGUUUUCCCGAUUCGAUUUGUGGCGCGAACAUCAAAUCGUCCACAUCAUGAAUCCCGAUCUGUUCUCCGGAAGCGCCGCGGCGGCCAAAAUGGCUGCCGGAAUGGAGAAUCAGUACGCCGCUUUGAUCCAGCAGCAUCAGGCGGCCGUCGUGGCGGCCGCUGCCGCCCAACUGUCGGCCAGCCUUCCGGCCGUCAGCGCCGGGAGCAGCGGUCAGAUGACUCCGCCAUCGGCCGCCGGCUCUUUGAUUCCGUCUGGAAGUAAGCGGAAGCACGAGGUGGUCGAGGACGACGAAGAUCGCGGUGGAGGCGCUGGCGGAUGCGGCGGCAGCGGAAGCGGAGGCGGCGGGACGGACGGAGACGGGCAACCGCGCGACAAGCGCCUCAGGACGACGAUCCUUCCCGAGCAGCUGGACUUCCUGUACCAGCAGUACCAGCUGGAAUCGAAUCCGUCUCGCAAGAUGCUGGAGACGAUAUCGCGCGAAGUGGGCCUCAAGAAGCGCGUCGUCCAGGUGUGGUUCCAGAACACGCGAGCCCGCGAGCGCAAAGGUCAGUUCCGGGCGCACGCCCAGGUCAUCAACAAGCGUUGUCCCUUUUGUCCGGCCUUGUUCAAAGUCAAAUCGGCUCUCGAGUCUCAUUUGGCCGGUCGUCAUCCGGAUCAGUUGGCCAAAGGCGAAGUCAACAUCGACGCCCUGCCCGACAUGACCGACGAAGACUCGGACACUGGAAUGAACCUGAACACAAGCUCGUCUCCCCAUUUAGGUUCCAGCCACUCUGUCCAGUCGGGGUCGGUCUCGGCGGCCGAGGCCAAUUCGGCGGCCGCCAUCCAGGAAGCGCUCACCAAGAGGCUCUCGGCCGUCUCCAACUACCAGCAGUCGAUGGCCUCGCUCUCGAUGCUCUCGUCCCUCUACUCGCAGGGGUUCGUCGCCCCGCUGCCCGGCUUCGAGGGCAAAGCCGAGGACGCCCUCAAACGUUACGCCAGCGACUAUUUGGCCAGCGCCGGAAACGCUGGCCACAACGGAGGAGCUUCGUCGGCCGUUGCGGUGGCCAACGCGACGACGGCGGCGGCGGCCGCCAACAGCGAACAGCGCCCGUCGACCGGCAAUCCAACGGGAGACAUUCCGCUAGAUCUGAGCCGGCCCCUGUCGCUGCCGCAAGGUCUGACUCAGGGCCGGCCGGAGAGCGCCAUGCAGUCGGACGUCGGGACGGACGACAAUCGGUCGGAGCACUACAUGGACUAUUUCGACGAGAGCAAUCCGUCCUCUCCGAUGCCCUACGGCAAGAUGGGCGGCGGGGGCGGUGGCAACCAGAGCAACUCUGGCAAUGCCAGCAUGACGGGCUCUGCGUCCGGCGGCCAGAACAAGCGAUUCCGCACUCAGAUGAGCGCCGUCCAGGUGCGCGUCAUGAAGUCGCUCUUUUCCGAUUACAAGACGCCGACCAUGGCCGAGUGUGAAGCGCUCGGCCGCGAGAUUGGCCUGCCCAAGCGCGUCGUGCAGGUGUGGUUCCAAAACGCGCGCGCCAAGGAGAAGAAGAACAAGCUGAACGCGCAGAAAGCGGCCGGCGACUUGUCCGGCAUCGAGAACAGCCUGGGCACCAAACAGCCCGACGGCUGCGACCUUUGCGACUUUAAAUACUCGCACAAGUACGCUGUUCAGGACCACAUUUUCACGCAUCAGCACAUCGAGCGUGUCAAGAUUCACGUGGCCGAGCAGUCGGCCAAACACGGCGACGACAUGCCCACAUCGGCGGCCCGCCCAUCGAAGAGCGGCUCUGGCCAUCAGCAAGACGGUCAGGAGCCAUCGACGCCGGUCGGCACUGGCGGAUCGAGCGCCGAGACGACGACUUCGCCGCCCGGCAACGCAGCCGAAUCGGCCCAGCUGGAAGCGCUGCUCCUCCACCAACUGUACGGAAUGGGCUACGGAGCGGCCGGUGUUCCAGCUGCGGCUUUGGCGGCCGCAGCCGCCGCCGCAGCCGCCUCUUCGUCGUACAACAACGCGCAGCAACAGCAACAGCAGCAGCAACAACAGUCGAGCACCAACGUCAUGGCUGGCGGUGAGUCUUGA